AUGGCUUCGUCCAGCUCCAUCGCCAGGGGAGCUGUCACACCCGACAAGAGCUCUAUCAGUGGACAUGUGAGGACUGCAGGCGACAUAGCGAGCCAUGCCCUGGCGAGGAGCUUCGAGGCGCUGCGAGGGUUGGCGCUCGGGGGCGGGAGCAGCAGCAGCAGCAGCAGCAUCGGCGUGCAAGCGGGUGUAGGUCUGGAUGGGGAGGGCUAUGGAAAUCGAAACGCGAGACGGAUUGCCAUUGGGAACAGCCUCGAUUCCAGGACUAUCCACAAUGGCCUGCAUCUACAAAAGCGACAUCUUGGCGGCGGUGCAAUUGCUGGAAUCACGGUCGGUGUCGUUGUUGCGGUUGCACUGCUGGCCAUCUGUCUCUAUCCGUGCUUCCUCUAUCUCAAACGUCGCCGGAGCGCCCAGUCGCAUCCAGCGUUCGAUGCUGAGGCAGGCAUUGCUCCCCACGCCGGACACGGCAGCAGCGCUUCUGGCGGAGCAAACACGCCUCCAAAGCGCCUCUCGUCGAGCGAUUCGUAUAGACACAGGGGCGAGUUGACGCGCGGAGGAGAUGGAGAUGGAGGAAGCGCUGAUUACGGCAAUUGGGAGGCUUCUAUCGACGGCGGCGGCGUCAACAAUGGCUAUUCUUAUCCCCUCAGCGCGGCGUAUCUGCAGCCUGGGGAUCCUGGGCUUGUCGACAGCAACAUUGCUGAAGAACACCGAGUCAAGGCUCAGCCGUUUCCGCUGUUGGGAUGCGAAGACGGCGAGUUCGCACCGCCGAUAGCAGACGAUCACCAGCCCGGCGUGCUCAAGGGAACCAGCGCCGACUACUACAGCCCCCAUAUCCCAUCCGAGGCCUUUGGCAUGGUUACACAGCCCGACGCGGCGCUUGACUCGCCCGUCCCGCCACCCUCUUCACGUUCCAGCUCUCUUCGCCAGAACAUGAUGCAAAUCUUCCGCCGCAAGACGGGCAGAGACGCAACCAUAGACUCUACCAUCUCACGGACAACCAUCCCAGAAGGGGCCGCAGCGUCUCACCUUGACGGCGCCACUCCGCUGCAGACGCUUAUAACCACGGGUGACCGAGUCGAUUCUCCCACAAACAUAUCGGCUGCCUCCCUGCCCCUCUCACGCUCGCCCUCACAUCAGCGUCCCAGCGCUGAGGCCGCGCCUGGAGCGAGCUUGGCGCCGGCCAGCCCGCCCACCAGUAAUGCGCCGGAGCCCUCCUCCAAGGCCACGCCUCCAGAGUCUCCUCCAUUCCCGGCAUAUCAUCAGUUCCGAAAGUCUCCCUCGCCGCCUAUCGCUGCCCCCGGAACCGUGAAUCCCAUGGACAUCAUGCCCGCCUCUACGGAAACAGAGGUCUGGCAUAGGACCGAGCACCAACUCUACGAGGCCUUCCACAAGGCGUCGACGAGCGAUCCAGUCGCGGUUCCGGCGCAGGAGUCGUCUGCCAUGCCGUCCCCUUCUCCAACGCCUCCCGAAUCGCAGCCCCAACCUCAACCGAUAUUUACCAUACAAUCACCCGGCGCAACCAGUCACACCGGACUCACUCCCGACUACAUCAUCAACUCGAACAACACCGACACUAAUACCAAUACCAAUACCGCCCAAAUUAAUCAAGCUCAGUCCUACCACGACAACGGCGAUGUCGCUAUGCUAGAAGCACCUCUCCCUCCAAACCACGACCACAGCUUGGCAGCCCCGGACGGCCGGCACGCGAGCUACCCCUCCGACCAUUCCACCCCUCUCCCCGGCCCUUCGUUCACCGAUGUUUCAUCACAGAACACGCCCUCGACUCAACUAGAUACCCCCUCCCCCGAGUCCAUGGGAAGUUCUGAUUUCCGACACAGCACGUCGCCACACUCUGGCGCCGGCAGCCACUCCCCCAGGACUGGAGUCUACCGAUGCGAUGAGCCUGGUUGUAACCAGGCUUUUGAUCAACCACAUAAACUCAAGCAUCAUCAGCGAUAUCAUAGCAAAGACCACAAGUGCCCUUAUGCUGGCUGCGGCAAAGGUUUUGGCACCAAGACCCAUCUGCAGAGGCACAUCAAUGACCGGCAUGAGAAGAAGAAGAAAUUCCAUUGCUCUGUCGUUGGGUGCGAUUACUCCAGAGCCGGGGGCAAGGCUUUUCCUAGAAAGGAUAACUGGAAGCGACACAUGAUUAAGAUACACAAUAUCGAGCAGCAGCAGCUGCCCGAGCCGAUUGAAGUCGACAUGGACCUUGACGGGGUAUGA